CCGACACCACGGGGAGGGGGCGGGGAGCUGCCGGCGCGGGGCGGGCUGCGGACCCCGCCUCCCCAGCCGCUCGCAAGAGGGAAGAGGGGUCUCAGGCUCUCCCCGAGGGCGCGCCCUGACAGGAGCAAACGAGCGAGGAAGGGCGGUGCGUGCGAGCUGGCUGGCGAGGUGCGUGGAUGGGAAUGACAGGCUGGCGGGAGCGCUCCGACUUCCCGGGAUUCCACCGGGAUGGAGGACUCGGGCUGCUCACUCGCACCUCGCCGAGACUACAUUUCCCAGAACGCUAAGCGGCGGCCAGCUUUCGCGCAUGCGAGCUGUGCGGGCCGGCCAGGAUGGCUGGUGGGAGGGACACGGCGGCCGGAGAAGUUUGGGGCGGGGCCGCGGGCGCGAAGUGGCCUAGGGCGGUCCCCCAAGCUGAAGCGUAGGGAGACUGCCCGGUGUGGUCCCGCCGAGUCCUCUGCUGCGCGGGAAUAAAGGAGCAGCUAUGAUGCCUGGUGUGAAAACCUGGGUUGCAGGCUUUGGUGCUGUGGCCGGCCACACGUCAUCCCGCUGAAGAAGACCCGUUGAUCUGGCUCUUUUCGGGGGCAUUUUAGACAUGAGUGAAAAUAAAAUGGAACCAACUUCACUGCAGAGGAAAUUUCCUGAAUGGAUGUCUGUGCAGAAUAAUAGAUAUGCUACAAAAGAAAGAAAGGCAUGCAUUCAGAAGAGUGCUUUAGAAGAUGGCCUCCCAUUUUUAGAAUUCACUGGAUCUGUUGUUUACAGUUAUGAGGCUAGUGAUUGCUCUUUCCUCUCUGAAGAUAUUAGUAGGCAUCUGUCUCAGGGAGAUGUGAUAGGAUUUGACAUGGAAUGGCCCCCCGUAUACACUAAAGGGAAGCUGAGCAGAGUUGCAUUGAUUCAGUUGUGUGUGUCGGAGAGCAAAUGUUACUUGUUUCAUAUUUCUUCUAUGUCAGUAUUCCCACAGGGAUUAAAAAUUUUACUUGAAAAUAAAGCAAUUAAGAAGGCAGGUGUUGGAAUUGAAGGAGAUCAGUGGAAACUUCUACGUGACUUUAAUAUCAAGUUGGAGAGUUUUGUGGAGUUGACAGAUGUUGCCAAUGAAAAGCUGAACUGUACAGAGACCUGGAGCCUCAAUGGUCUGGCUAAACACAUCUUAGGAAAACAGCUUCUGAAAGACAAGUCCAUUCGCUGUAGCAAUUGGAGUAAUUUUCCCCUCACUGAGGACCAGAAACUGUAUGCAGCUACUGAUGCUUAUGCUGGUCUUAUGAUUUAUCAAAGAUUAGAAAGUUUGGGAGAUGCUGGACAAGUGUUUGCUAUAAAUAAAGUAGAGGAAUUCCUACCUAGUGAGAUGAAGAAACAGCUGAAUUCAAUCUCUGAAGAAGCGAGGGAUCUGGCUAAGCAUUUCCCCGAUACUUGCAGAAAAUUGGAAAAUCCUAGGAGUGUUUCUAAAAUAUUGAAGACUAUUUCAGAAAAUCUAUAUUCACUGAAGAAGGUGAUACUUGACCCUACAAACAUUGAGAAUAAACUGAAGCCGGGCAGUUCUUUUAACUUGUCAUCAGACCAUCCAGCUGUGAUUGGAGAACAGCAAAAGCAAAUUGGAGAACAUAGGACUUUUACUACAGUUAAAGAGGAGGCAUGGGACCCCACAUUUGAUAAUUCAGUUAAACACAAUGGAGUUGAUGUAUUUGGGAAUAAAGUGAAGCAGGAAGAAGGUGAAUUUGAAGAUGGAGUAGAAGACAAUCUGUUGAAAGAAAAUAUGGAGGGAACUUGUUUGAUGUCAUUAGAUAUUUCAGAAUAUGAACUCCAAAUUUUGGAACAACAGGCUGAAAGAAAAACUUGCAAUGAUACAUCUUCUCAAUCUGCUGAGCAUUUACCUCCCAACAAUGAUGAAAAAGAUUCAUCUUAUAUAAUUGAAAGUGAUGAAGAUUUUGAAAUGGAGAUGCUUAAGUCUUUAGAAAACCUAAAUAGUGGCAUAGUAGAACCAACUCAUUCUAAAUGGUUAGAAAUGGAAAGCAAUGUAAGUCUUCCUACUGAGGAAGAAGAUGAAGAUAAAAUUGAAGCCAUUGAAGAGGAGGAGGAAGAUGAGGACCAUUUAUUGCCAGAACCUAAUGCAAAGCAAGUUAUUUGUCUCAAGACCUACUUUGGCCACUGCAGUUUUAAACCGGUUCAGUGGAAAGUUAUUCACUCUGUAUUGGAAGAAAGAAGAGAUAAUGUUGUUGUCAUGGCAACUGGAUAUGGAAAGAGUUUGUGCUUCCAGUACCCACCUGUUUAUGCAGGCAAGGUCGGCAUUGUUAUUUCUCCUCUUAUUUCUUUGAUGGAAGACCAAGUUCUGCAGCUUGAAAUGUCCAACAUUCCAGCUUGUUUCCUUGGAUCAGCACAGUCAGAAAAUGUUCUAGGAGAUAUUAAAUUAGGGAAAUACAGGAUUGUAUACAUAACUCCAGAAUUCUGUUCUGGUAACUUGGACUUACUCCAGCAACUUGAGGCUGAUAUUGGCAUUACACUCAUUGCUGUGGAUGAGGCUCACUGUAUUUCUGAGUGGGGCCAUGAUUUCAGAAGUUCAUUCAGGAAGUUGGGCUUCCUGAAGGUAGUGCUUCCAUUGGUUCCAAUUGUUGCACUCUCUGCAACUGCAAGUUCCUCUGUCCGGGAAGACAUUGUACACUGCUUAAACCUGAAAAACCCUCAGAUUACCUGCACAAGUUUUGAUCGACCAAAUCUAUAUUUAGAAGUUGGACGAAAAACAGGGAAUAUCCUUCAGGAUCUAAAGCCAUUUCUUGUAAAGAAACCAAGUUCUGCCUGGGAAUUUGAAGGUCCAACUAUCAUCUAUUGUCCUUCCAGAAAAAUAACAGAACAAGUUACUGCUGAACUUUGGAAUCUGAAAUUAGCCUGUGGAACAUACCAUGCAGGCAUGAGUAGUCGUGCAAGGAGAGAUGUUCAUCAUAGAUUCAUGAGAGAUGAAAUUCAGUGUGUCAUAGCUACUAUAGCUUUUGGAAUGGGCAUUAAUAAAGCUGACAUUCGCAGAGUUAUUCAUUAUGGUGCUCCUAAGGAAAUGGAAUCAUAUUACCAGGAAAUUGGUAGAGCUGGCCGUGAUGGACUUCCAAGUUCUUGUUACUUACUCUGGUCUCCAGCAGACUUUAACAUAACUAGGCAUCACCUUUUUGAGAUACAUGAUGAAAAUUUUCGAUUGUACAAAUUAAAGAUGAUGGCAGAGAUGGAAAAAUACCUUCAUUCCAGCAGAUGUAGGCGACAAAUCAUCUUGUCUCAUUUUGAGGACAAAAGGCUACAAAAGGCCUCCUUGGGCAUUAGGGGAACUGAACAAUGUUGUGAUAAUUGCAGGUUCAGAUUGAAUCGUUGCUAUUCCAUUUAUGAGUCAGAGGACACAUCACAGGACUUUGGUCCACAAGCAUUCCAGCUCCUGUCUGCUAUAGAUGUCCUACAGGAGAAGUUUGGAAUUGGGGUUCCAAUUUUACUUCUCCGAGGAUCUAAUUCUCAGCGUCUUGGAGAUAAAUAUCACAGUCACAAGCUUUUUGGUAUAGGCAAGGAUCGAGCAGAAAGUUGGUGGAAGGCCCUUUCCCAUUGUCUCAUAACUGAAGGAUUCUUAGUAGAAGUUCCUUGUCAAAACAAAUUUAUAAAGACUUGCUCCCUUACAAAACAGGGUAGAAAGUGGCUUGAUGAAGCCCGUACACAGUCUCCUCCAAGACUUAUCCUUCAAGCGAGUGAAGAAAUGCUUCCAAGGAAGGAUCUUCAGCCAAGUUCUAACCCUGUGUCUUCAGACACUGCACAGCAUUCCUCUAAUCGAAUACCAACUGAAUUAACUUCAGAGAAGGUUUGUUUUCAAGAGUCUAAUUUGGCAAGGAUGUAUUCUUACAAAGCACCUGAGAAAUUUUCUUCUGGGAGUAACAGUGUCAUGAUGAAAUCACCAGGAAAAACUUAUGAUUCCUCAGAACCUAUUAUUUCAUUCCAAGAGCAGGAGACCCAGACUGUGCUGUAUGCCAAAUUGGUAGAAGCUAGGCAGAAACAUGCCAAUAAAAUGGAUGUUCCUCCAGCUAUCCUGGCAACAAAUAAGAUACUGCUGGAUAUGGCCAAAAUGAGACCAACAACUGUUGAAAAUGUGAAACAGAUUGAUGGUGUCUCUGAAGGCCAAGCUGUGGUGUUAGCCCCUUUGUUGGAAGCCAUCAAACAUUUUUGCCAAGUAAAUAGUGUUCAGACAGACCUCUUUUCAAGUACAAAACCUCGGGAAGAACAGAAAAGUCAGGAAAUGGAAAAUGACAAAUGCUCACUCUCAAAGUCUGUGGCCGUCACAUACUCUUUAUUCCAGGAGAAGAAGCUGACCUUACAAAACGUAGCUGAGAAUAGGAUUCUGCCUCUCACAGCCGUUGGCAUGCACUUGGCCCAAGCAGUGAAAGCUGGCUAUCCCCUGGAUUUGGAGCGAGCUGGCCUGACCCCAGAGGUUCAGAAGAUUAUUGCUGAUGUUAUCCGAAACCCUCCCAUCAACUCAGAUAUGUAUAAAGUGAAACUAAUUAGAAUGUUAGUUCCUGAAAACAUAGACACAUACCUUAUCCACAUGGCAAUUGAGUGCUUUGAAAGUGAUCCUGACAGCCGAAGCCAGCCAUCUUGUGGUUCCAACAGGAAGAGAUAUUUCUCCAGCUCUGAAGAAAGCUGUUCGAGUGCCAAGAGAAACAAGGAAGUAGUGGUCACUGAUAACAAGGCUGAUGGAACACAUCCUGAUAGUUUUUCACUGAAGGACAAAGGCUGCAGAGAUUCACUCAGUUCCUGGAAUCAGCCACCGGAUGAUCCAGACAUGGAAGAUUUAUUUUCAGAUUCUAAUCCACAGGUCGAGGCUUGAGGUUGAUAUCAGAAAUCUUCCUCCAUGGCUCUUCCACCGUAUUCUCUGAGGCAGGCUUUCUCAGUCAAACCCAGAGCUUUCCAGUACAGCCAGUCUAGCUAGCCUGCUUCUUCUGGCCAUCCUGUGUCUUCUCCUUCCCAGGCUGGAAUUACAGGUGGGUCACCAUGGGCACCCAGUAUUUGUGUACAGUCUGAGGAUCUGAACUCCAGUUCUCUGGCUUCCUCUUCAAGCACUGUAACCAGUGAGCAAUCACCCCAGCACCCAAGGAUUUAAAAAUAUAUAAAUUGCCUAUAUUCUCAAUAAACUCCAGAUAAUCCAGUGUUAUAUACUAUCAGUGCCACUUUCUUUGUGAGGAAAGUGAGGGUCAAAUUUCAUACAUAAAGUUGUACAAUUAGCAAGUGACUCAUUUAGAAUUCAAAACUAGUUCUUUCUGUUUUAUUCUAUGGUAUUUGUCUACGAUAAGACAACAGUUUUUCCUUUGUUCUGUUUGGCUUUAUUACAAUUUCAAGUUCAAUAAUUUUCUCUCCCCUAGGUGCACUCAGGAGUUCAAACUCUCAAUUGUAGCCAUUUUCAGUUGUUUAUGGCUCCAAGGGGUUUUGAUAUCAGGUUUUUUGGGGAAGAGUAAAUAUUUCCAGGUCUCCCUGCCUCACCCCCUGAUUUAGUGUUGGGGAUUGAACCAAGCGUACCGCCCAGCGCUGGGCCUACUUUUUUACUACCAGAGUUCCUUUUAUUGUUCCUCUUUCUAUCCCCAAAACUUGUUUCAUCCUCGUCAAGCAUUACAGUAUCUUUCUUUUACAUAAAUCUGACCUAUUCUGGUUUUCUCAUCUGUGAUUUGAAAUAGGCACCCAGGAGCAAAGUUGCUGUCCUAGCUAGUUCUUCCCUUCAGCUUUUACAGAAGUGUUGGCCUUUUUUUAACACUUUGGAUUUCUUUACUUGAGCUAGAACAGGUAACAGCUUUUAUCUUUACAUUUUUUUCAACACUUAAUAUAAAAUUUCAGUAUGCAAGUUCCAUCUCCUGAAUAUUUUGAAAUGCUUUUUAAACAUAGAAAACAGAAUAAAAAUAGUAAUUGAUUUUUUUGAAAAUGUAUAAAGUUACCAGUCUUGAAAUGGUACAAGUUGCACCAUUGUUAUACAGCAUGACAGUCACAUUUAACUUAGACAAGGUCUGUGAUAAAUAGAUUAGCUUGGCUAGAUUCUUCGUAUCCUGAUCUCUGUGGAGCUACUCUACUGUUCGUGUUGGCUCCACACUCAUUUGUGCUACUGUAGGCUUACAGAACACUUACCUGCUUGAAGUUAUGUUUGUUUCUUUGUUUUUAUGUGCAGAUGGGGUAGUAUAAAGCGUUACUUCUGUGUUCUUUGUAUUUUUUUUUUCAGGGACUAUAAACACAGUUCUGAGUCUUUGAGGUGAAUGGGACCCUAAAAUUAUAUGCCCAGUGUUGUGUACAUUGGCCUUUUUGCUGGGAAGAGGCUCUCUGGUUGUGGGAAAAUUCUCAAAGAAAUCUAUGGGCUAAAGCUUUUAAAAAUUUAUUCAGUGAACUUUUUUGGCACAAUCUUUAUUUUUACCCUCCCUCCCUCCCUUCCUCCCUUCCUCCCUCUCUCUGUAUGUAUGUGUGCAGGCACCUACAUGCCACGGUGCAUGUUUGGGAGUAGGAGGAUGAUAUUUGGGUGUUCUGGGGAUCUGAACUCACGUCCUCAUGCUUGUGUGACAUGUGCUUUGUCUACUGAUCCCUCUCCCCAAACCUCAUUGGGCUUUUACGCCCAUUGUUGCCGGGCUGCUGUACAGUGGUUUAGCCACUCUGCUUGCCUUCCUACCACAAUAGAUGUUAGCAGGUGUUUGGUUUUUCAUAUGCUCAAUGUAAUUUCCUUUGAGCUUUCUCAGAACAUUAAAUUCACCAUCUUUUAAUUUUUCUAAUUUUUUCUUGAACUCUAAGCUAUAUCCUCAGCCCUUUAAAUGUACCACUUUUGUUGACCCAAAAUAACCUUGUCAUACUACUUAGAUCUGAAAUAAUGCCCAAUUUUUUAUGUAACAAAUGAGUGUCUGAACUUGAGUAUCUUAACCAACUGUGACUAGUAAUAAUCUGGUAUAUAGAGAUUAGAAACACAUGUGCAAACAUCUUAAU